AGGAGAAGGAGGGGAGUGGAUGCAGGGUUGUUGUUGGGAAGAGGAGGAGGAGGAAGAAGGAGUCUUCAGAGAGGCAGAGAGAGAGCGAGCAGCUCGGGGAGUUCCUGCCUCCUUCAGGAUAUUUGUUCCCCUUUUAUUUGUCUGUGUGUGUGUGUGUGUGUGUGUGUGUGUGCGGAGCAGCAGCAGCAGCAGCAGCAGCAGCAGCAGCAGCAGCACGGUGCGUUGUCUGUGCAGCAUGGAAACCAAGUCUGUGUUCAGUCUGCACCGAGCUCUCGCUCAACCCGUCAAGAUGUGUAUGUUCGAUUUCCCCGUGACAAUCCUGGACGACCUGAGCUCGACGCAGGAGAUCGGCGAGGAGGCCGAGGACGACGCCAUCUUCACCAUCACGCUCAGGAAGGUGCAGCUGCACCAGUCGGCCAGUAAAGGGCAGCGGUGGCUCGGCGUGGAGACGGACUCGGCGCUCAGCCUCUACGAGACGUGCAAGGUGCGGACGAUCAAGGCGGGCACGCUGGAGCGUCUGGUGGAGUACAUGGUGUCAGCGUUCAGGGGCAAAGACUCCACCUACGUCACCAUCUUCCUCUGCACGUACCGCUCCUUCGCCUCCACCAGGCAGGUGCUGGACCUGCUGCUCAACAGGUACGCGAGGCUCCAGAAUGUUCCUGCAGCCUCAGCACACAGACUUUCCCAGGACGACCGCACAGAGCUGAGGAACACCGUGUCGUCCAUCCUGGGGGCGUGGCUGGACCAGUACUCCGAGGACUUCUGGACUCCUCCCACCUACGACUGCCUACACCAGCUGCUGUCUUACCUGCACCUCCACUUCCCCGGCUCUGACCUGGAGCGUCGCGCUCGCAACCUGCUCGCACACUUCCACCGCCGGCAGCAGUGUGAGCCUGAUCCUGACGGGGAAAACAUCGGCUGUCCUUUCGCCACGCAGGAAGAGAGCGGCUUUGAGGACGAGCUUCCUGCGUUCAGUUUCCUGUCCUUUGACCCCAUCAUGGUCGCAGAGCAGUUCACGCUCAUGGACGCGGACCUGUUUAAGAAGGUGGUGCCGUACCACUGUCUGGGCGGCAUCUGGUCUCAGCGAGAUAAGAAGGGGAAGGAGCACCUGGCUCCCACCAUCAGAGCCACCGUGGCUCAGUUCAACUCCGUCACUAACUGCGUCAUCACCACCUGCCUCAGUAACCCGGCGCUGAAGCCCAACCAGCGAGCGCGGCUGCUGGAGAGGUGGAUCGACGUGGCGAGGGAAUGUCGGAUCCUGAAGAACUUCUCGUCCUUACGUGCCAUCCUCUCCGCCCUGCAGUGCAACGCCAUCCACCGCCUGAAGAGGACGUGGGAGGAAGUGUCACGCGAGAGCUUCCGCACUUUCCGUGAACUCUCCGAGAUCUUCUCCGACGACAACAACUACUCUCUGAGCCGGGAGCUGCUGGUGAAGGAGGGAACGUCUAAAUUUGCCACUCUGGAGAUUAACCCCAAACGAGCUCAGAGGAGACACCAGCAGCAGAGAGACCUGGGAGUGAUGCAGGGCACCAUUCCAUACCUGGGGACCUUCCUGACUGACCUGGUGAUGAUGGACACGGCCAUGAAGGACUACACUGAGGGAGGACUCAUCAACUUUGAGAAGAGAAGGAAGGAGUUUGAGGUGAUCGCUCAGAUCAAACUUCUUCAGUUGGCCUCCAACAACUACAGCUUCACUCAGGACAGUCACUUCAGAGAGUGGUUCUCUGGUGUGGAGAAACUCAGCGAGGCAGAGAGCUACAACCUGUCGUGUGAGAUCGAGCCUCUGUCGGAGUCUGCGAGCAACACGCUGCGAGCCAAGAAGAACGGCGGCAUCAUGAAGCGCUGGAGCGAUCGUCAGCUGACGGAGGGCGGAGCCGGCGCGGGCUCUCACUCCAAGUCCUUCGACCACUCACACUACAGACCGUACCAAGGGGGCGGGGGGGACAGCGGCGACGCCCUCAGCGUGACCUCGGUCAGCUCCAGUGGUUCAGACCUGGAGGACGUGAACGCCAGCUUCCUGUCCGACUCUCCUGAAGGACAUGAGCGCAAGACGUCGACUCCGUCAGUGAAACUCACCGUCUCUGCUUUAGGGAGAGAAGCUCCAGCUGCUGACUCCACCUCCACGUUCUGGGAGUGCACGUCUCUGUCGUCCCUCGAGACCUCGGGGACAGGCUCCAGCUCGGGCUCGGCGUCCGGCUCCAGCAGCGCGUCCUCGUCCUCCGUGUCCUCGUCCACGCCACUGUCGGCGUCGCGCUCGCACAAGCGCUCGGUGUCGGCGGUGUCCAACUACUCGACGCUGUCCCUGCCGCUGUACAACCAGCAGGUGGACGACUGCUGCAUCAUCAGGGUCAGCCUGGACGUGGAGAACGGCAACAUGUACAAGAGCAUCCUGGUGACGAGUCAGGACAAGACUCCGGCCGUCAUCAGGAAGGCGAUGAUCAAACACAACCUGGAGCGAGAGAAGACGGAGGAUUACGAGCUGAUGCAGAAAAUCUCUGAGGACAAAGAGCUGCGAAUCCCGGACAACGCCAACGUCUUCUACGCCAUGAACUCCACUGCCAACUACGACUUUGUGCUGAAGAGGCGUGGCCCGGCGCGGCCGCUGCGAGCCAAGGCCGUGGCGAGCUCCACGCUGCCGCGCAUGAAACAGAAGGGUCUGAAAAUCGCCAAAGGGAUUUUCUGAGACGCAGACGCACACACACGCACGCACGCACGGCCCCCUGCCUCACCCCCUCACCCCUCACCCUCUCACCCUCUCCGGUCACCGCGCCUCAGAGGAAACGGAAAACAAACCGGAAAGUUUUUCACGAGUUUUGGUUUGAAGACGAAAACGAGUCGUCGCUCGUCACGUUUUCCUGCGAGGAUUUGAAGAGGCGGAGUCACUCUGGAGACACGCCCCCACCCCACCCCCACAGAGAAGCUGUUUUGUGUAAGCCGCCGCCCUGGUGGCUGGACUGGUCAAACUCUGUGCCCGUGUUGCCGUGGUUACGUGCUGGUUUUUUUACACUUUUGUUAACGUUUGUUUACAUCGUCACGUGAUCACCGUCAGACGCACACGCGGGAUUAACGCGCCUUCAGUGGAAGACUUUUUUUAAUCCCUCCAUCGUCUCUGCCUCUGCUGCCGUCCUCACGCUCGCCCCCUGCUGGCCUGGAGUGCACACACACACACACAGCGCCCAGCGCUCGCUGUUUGGACGUCUUUCUACAUUUUUUCAGGGAACUUUUUUGUCGUGAGCGUACGGCUGCCUUUACUGCCUCGCCACCGCGCUCCUGGACGUUUUCUCUCUGCGACGCUAGGACGAAAAAAAAGGAAAAAAAAAAAGGGUCACGACGGUUGACAGGAAGUGACAGGAAGUGACAGGAAGUGACUGGAAGACACGGAGUGGAAAUGGAUUAAACGCCACUAUUUCUUCUUUUUUUUCUCUUAACCACUACAUCGUGUGUGAUCACGUGAGAGUUUGUGAUCACGUGAGAGUUUGUGAGCGGAGAACAAACAAACAUUGUAAAUAUCUUUCACUCAUUCAUUCACUUGAUAUCAACACUUUUUUUUUACUCGUCCGUGUUUUGUUUAUUUUUCACUGCUCUGCUCUGAUUGGCCGCUGCUGCCGAUCAUCACGUUUCUGAAAAGGUCGUAGGUCGUACGAGCCGCCGCUUCACUGACUCUGACUCCCGGCGGCCAUGUUGGAAAAAACAAGAAAACAAACCACUUCAUAAUAAUUCUAAUAAUCAUAAUCAUUGAAAUGUCAAGAAGCUGAAAUAGCUGACAACUGAAAAUGUUUCUUAAAAAUUACAUAAUAAUUAAUUUAUUUUGAUUAUUAUUAUUAUUAUUAUUUUUAUUAUUAUAAUCAGAAAUAUUUGCUGAUUCAUUCACAGCAGAGAAAUCUUCAGGCUUCCGUACGCCAACGUAUCUAAAUCAUUAUUAAUCAGAAUAAAUCAUUUCAUUUGAAGUCAUUUAUUGGCGUAGAAAGAAAUCAAGCUUUAAUCUUUAAUGAGAGAAUAAAGAAAUAAAAAAGAAAGGAUUUUUCCAACAUGGCGGCUCCUCCUUCACUUUCAUCAACAAACACUUUUCUACAUGUGCCAUGAGUGUGUGUGUGUGUGUGUGUGUGUGUGUGACUGCUGCUGGUUUAAAAUGUGAGAGGAACAAUGAUGAAGAUGAUGAUGAAGAUGCACAAACAGAGAAAAACAAACAGUCACUUCUUUUCUUUGUCUUUUUUUCACGGCUGCAACAUUUGAAUCUGACGAUCACUAAAUGAAUCAACAGGUUUUUCAGCUUAAAUUAAAUUAAAUUCUUCUCAUUUCACUUUAUUUCACAGUGAUUAUUUUCACGUCAUGUUUUCGGUUCCAUGUUGAUCCGCGUUUGUCAAAUGUCUUUGUUUUUGUCCACAAACUUUUUUCUUUGUUUUUACGGAGCAAAGAAACAGAAAAUCUUCACAUUUAAGAAGCUGAAAAAUGAAAAAAACUUAAAAAAGUUGAUUUAAUUGAUUUACUCACUUUACUCAUUAAUAAUGAUUCAUUGUCGCAGCCGUGGUUUGUUUUUAAAGGAAAAAUCCGACCUAACCUUAUAUAACAACACGACUUCCAUCAAUGGUUGUCAUAACAACAAUAAUAAUAAUAAUCUUUUAUUUUGAAUUUUGAAGGCAGUUAUUGAAAUCAAAUCCGUUUGUGGACGAAAAAAAAAAUUUGAUAAAAUUUUAAUUAAAUUAAAUGUAUUGUUUUUCUGUUUUUGUGAGGAAAAUAACCCACAGUUGAAGCUGCCUCAGGUUACCACGGCAACAGCACUUCCUGCUGUCGGCCACACAGCAUUCUGGGAAAUGUGAGGAAAAAGGGAAAGGUUGCAUUUGUCCUGAUUUUUCAUAUCAUAAGAGAACUCAGUGGAGCCCCCUGCUGCCUUUGUCGUCCUUUACUUUUGUUUUGUUACUUUUUGUUUGUUGUUUUUGCCUGAAUGAAUGAAUGAAUGAAUGAAUGAAAGUUCAUAAUCCUGUCAACGAUCAAACCAUUGAGGAAAAAAACAAAAAAUGUCCCCAGAAAAGCAAUAUGGCUGUGGAUGAUGAUGUCGUUGUCGUUGGCUGUUGAUCACUGUGACCUUGUCCUGUCGAGCACUGUGAACACAAACAAACAAACAAACAAACAAACAAAGAGAAGUCAUUCCCCGCUAACGAUGAUGAUGAUGAUGUCACACUGAAGGAAACGCGUGCCAAAAACCAGAGAAGAGGAUUUUAACGUCCUCGGCCUUUACAGAGAAAAACAACAACAAAGCGCUGAAUCCUUUUACCCUUGAUUUCACUUGGGUCUGGGGUUCCAACAGGUCCUUGAAAUCCUUGAAGGUUUGUGAAAUAGUUUGGAAAAAAAAAGUCAAGGCCCUUGAAAGUUUGUUUUUAGUUUGGAACGAAAACCGAGAAAACGUGAAGGUCAUGUGAUCAAGCGCGUUUCCUCGUUUGCGAACUUUCAGCUUUUGAACGUACAGUUUAGUUACGCACAGUUUGCGAACUUUCAUUUUAUGAAUGUACAGUUUGCGAACUUUCAGUUUAUGUACGUACAGUUUGCGAACUUUCAAUUUAUAAACGUACAGUUUGUGACCUUGAGUUGAACUUCAUGACCCUGCGAUGGUUUCUGUCCUGAUGAGGUCACUGAUGAUGAUGAUGAUGUGGGCGUGGUCUGCGUGUCGUUGUGAUGUACGUUUUGUGAUUUGAUCAGAUUCUGUGCGAGUUUGAACUUGAAAAAAAAAGAAGAAAAAAGACUGGAAACAGUCGGCGUCGUGUCUGUUUCUGUUUUUGCUCGGGUGCCAUUUUCCAUUUGAACAAAGGGUUUGUGAACUUUUUUCUAACGGCAGUCUCUACUUUACUUUACUUUACUUUCCAACACAAAACUGUCCUUGUUUAUUUAUUGAUUUGUAUAUAGAGACUUUGUUUUUGCCUUGUACAUUCUCCUUUCUUGUUUAUAGAUUAAUAUAUUCAUGUAUAUAUGAAUAAACUUCAAGUUUCUAAAAGUUCAA